UAAAUUAAACAUUUGAUCUCAAUGCAGUUUUCUGUUCCAAAAACUAGAAUAUGUUAUGAACAGAACUGAUUAAGUAUUGUAGACUUCGCACUUUGUUUUACAAAAUCACGCUGUUUAGUAGGAGUGCAAAGGCGAAUUGAGUUAUUGCGCACGUGCACUUCACAGAGUAGGCGUUUCCUAACGGAAAUAUGCCCAAAUAUAUUAGAACGCGCCAAUAGGAUUUCGCUAGCGCAUGCUUGGCUCUGCUCGCCUCCUUGCUUGUUCUGCCCACUAUGACUAAUUUAUUCUCAUUGGAAACGACGAGCUGGGGUCUAUCUCGGUUUUAUAAACAUCUUUGGUGGGCCCUUCUGCUUCGAGCACGCACACGUCUGUGCCCUUUUGGAUAACUUUGCUAGCUCAUUGAUGGACCAUAGUAGAAGAAAAUGACAGAUUACGCCGAGGAGCAGCGAAACGAGCUGGAAGCUAUAGAGUCAAUUUACCCGGACUCGUUUACAGGCUCUCCAGUAGUGCUAUCAGAGAUGCCCACCAGCUUCACCAUCACUGUGACAUCAGACGCAGGGGAAAACGAUGAAACGAUUGAAGUGACGCUACAGUUCACCUAUGUGGAGAAAUAUCCCGAUGAGGUGCCGCUGUGGGAGAUAUACUCCCAGGAGAACCUGGAGGAUUCAGACGCAGAGGGCAUCCUCACCUUACUGCAGCAGCAGGCUGAGGAAAACCUAGGAAUGGUGAUGAUAUUCACCCUAGUUACAGCAGUUCAGGACAAACUGAAUGAAUUAGUCGACGAGAUAAAAAACAGAAGAGAGGAAGAGAAGAGGCGAAAAGAGGAGGCAGCGGAAGAGGCUGAGAAGGUGCUCUUCCAAGGAACAGUGGUCACCAUCGAGAACUUCCUGUCAUGGAAAGCCAAGUUUGAGCUGGAGAUGGCUGAGUUGAGGAGGAAACGGCAGAAAGAGGAGGAGCAGCAGCAGGCUGGGAAGAUUAAACUUACAGGAAAAAAGCUAUUUGAGACCGAUCACAAUCUUGACACAUCAGAUAUACAGUUCCUGGAAGAUUCUGGAAACAGUGUUGAAGUGGACGAGUCCCUCUUCCAGGACCUUGAGGAACUCGACCUGGAUGAAGACGACCCUGACUUUGACCCUCUGGCACUGGGCAGUGAUGAGGACUGAACGAGGAAGAAGGCAGACCUGUUUUCAAAUACUAUUUAAAAUACUUUGAGCAUUUGCUCUAGCCUGCUUGGAGUGCCAGAUCGGUGGGGAUUGCAGUGUUGUGACUAUAUUAUUGGUUCCAUUGCGCCUGGCAAGCACAAUCAAGCCCAGAAGAAAGCAUUUGAAAUGAUUUCAAAUAGUAUUUGAAACCAGGUCUGGUCCCAGAUCAUCUUUAUUGCAUUCACAUUGUGCUGCACAGAUUCAGAUCCCUCAACGACUGGAGAAGUGUUUUGCAUCUCAGGAAUGACAUCAAUUUGAUAUAGAAUUCUUCUGAGAUGCGCAGCACGACUGUAAUAUUUACGACUUUGAAUGCAACCGAUACUAACAGGAGGGGAUCAUCACAGGAAGGGAAGUCACUGUAUGUAACCAAGCCUAGAGAAGAAAGACAUCCAAUAACACCCACAUUUAUGUUUUAGACAUGAGCUAUAACUCCAGUUGGCUGUAAACACAAUCACCUCAAGGCAUUUAUACACCCUGGUCAAUUAAUUGAUUUAUACCCUGAUGCCAUUAAAGAUGCACUAUGCAGAAAUCUCUGCCAUUUCCUGGUUGCAAAAAUUCUAGUUUGCUUAAUUUCAGUUUGUGACAAAACAAGCAAGUAUAGUGUAGAGAAUCAUUGUACCAUCUAAACUGCUGUGAAAUGUCUCUUUCAUAAACUGGUGUACAAAACUGAAAAAUGCAAUAAAACUUAAACAGGAAGCAUAGAAAUAGCACAUAUCUACUGCUUCAUAGACUUGCUUUCAAUAAGAAUGAAAGAUCUAUCAUUUGCAUUUCUAUGAAUGCUGUGUUGAGUACUUUUCUUGGAUGUGGGGGACUAAAGACUUGACAUACAUCACUUCAUUUAGAUAAUAGGGAAUAAGUGCUUGUCGGCUUGGAUUUCACAAGACAGUUGUAAAACUGGCCCACAGAGGGCAGCAGCACUUUGUUACAGAAAACCUUCAAGACACUGGUUGAAUUCACUGUUUCCUUAUUCAAUCACAUACAGCUAAAAUGAGUCAAGACAUUUGCUUUUUUAAAUGUAUUUUAAUUCUUUAAACAUUUAAUACUUUUUUUAUACACAUUAAAAACUGACUGAAACCAUGUGGGUACAGUGCAUGAGAAGUUACUGUACACUUGCCAAACUAUUUUUCCCUCCAAAUAAAAAAUGUACAUUG